CGCUUUCAACAUGGCGUCUCACAUACCCGCUUGACUUCUGUCAACAAGACCAAAACGCAACUAACGGUAAACAGGCCAGUGUAGCGAGGUUGACGGACACUAUCACAGUCAGGAGGAUGAAACUGUUGCUCGCAGUUUUAAAACGAAUCCAUAAACCGGAUAUUUACGUCAUUAACCGCCGCUGUCUGAGCUCCGGCGCCAGCAGCGGCCUGUCACCUCUCCGGGAUGAGCCUCUCAUCGUCGGGUCAAGCCCCGAGCUCGUGCAGAGACUCGGCUCACAGGUGGAGGUGAGGACGGGCUUCAUCACCGAGGAGGAGGAGGGAGCUUUUAUGCGAGAGCUGGAGCUAGGCCUGAAGAAGAAGCGAUAUGAAUACGACCACUGGGACGAUGCCAUUCACGGGUACCGAGAGACGGAGCGUGUGAGGUGGGGGGCAGCAUGUGAGGAGGUCCUGAAUCGGGUCCGAUCUGUAGCGUUUCCCGCGGGUAGUUCACUCCUCGGGCCUGUGCACGUUCUAGACCUGGACAAGAAUGGCUACAUCAAGCCUCACGUUGACAGUGUCAAGUUCUGCGGCAGCACCAUUGCUGGGUUGAGUCUCCUGUCAGACAGUAUUAUGCGCCUAGUGAAGGAGGAUGCCACCAACGAGUGGCUGGACCUGCUGCUGCCCCGACUCUCCCUCUACAUACUGAGGGACGACGCCAGAUACAGUUUCACCCAUGAGAUCCUGAAAGACGAGGAGUCAGUCUUCAACGGACAGAGAGUGCCUCGGCUGCGUCGCAUCUCUGUCAUCUGUCGGAACCUUCCAGGCUAGCUACCACUUCCACUCAGCUUUAAUAUGAACAGAACUUGAAUCUAGAGGAUUGUUUCAAUGAUCUCUGUUAAGAUAUUAAAACAGGACUGUGGAACUUUUGUCUGGCAGUGAGAGUGAUUACACAAAGAUUGUCGACAUGUGCAUUUGAAGUAUGCCUGCAGGUGAGCUCACUGCAUCUCUUUUUUUGGUUUUAACUUAGUUUCUUUUUUAUCUGGAGCAUCCACUUCAGAAGCCUACGGAGCCAUGAUCGAGCCUAAGGAACAACUUGUAUUUACUCUGACUAAAAGUCGGAGGUGUGUGAGGUUUUGCAAAAUAUGAGUAAGGGCGAGCGUUUUUAAAGCAAGCGACAUGUUAGUCUGCUUGCUGAUGCACGGAGCAGGUUGGUUACAUUAUGAUUGGGAAAAGCAGAAACAGCUUGUUUGGCAAGGGAUUGAAUCUAAGGGAUGUUUUAUUAUGUGUAAAAAGUCCCACACAACAGCUUUGAAGCAGACGUCCUUAAAGGUAUUCUAUGCAGGAUUGUUUGCAAACACGCUCGCCAACCCCAGAUUCAUUCUCGUUUUGCAUUUCGUAUCACUAUAUUUGUGUUUUUUGGCGUUGUGUCUGCCUGCUGCUUAUGAUCUGGCACCAGGUCGACACCUCGUUAUAAAGUCCCACCCUCACCUGAGAGCUGUGGGGGUACAUGUCCAUAAAUGUCUCAAUUUUAUGCAUGUAGAGGAAAUGGCUGAGCUGAAGAUGAUUGAUGUAUGUUUAAGUUGCAGAAAUGUUAGAAUCAAUUUAGGGCGACAGCAUUGAUGAAUGAACAUUAAAAUGGUAAAAAAAAAGUGACCGUUAUUAAUUUUCAUAUGAAGCAUGUGGCUUCAGACCUGCAUGUUUCCUACCCCUGUUAUAGUGGAUCAUAAGUGAUGACUGAGAGGAUAUCUUUAAUGUUUUUUUGGUUUGUAUAUUGUUAUUAUAUACAACUAUGAUGAAGUGUCCGGGAUAUUUAUUGCAGUUGCGACGCUGGGAAAUAUUGAUGUGGUUGUCAGGUCACACCUGUCACAGACAAGAGUACUAAAAGUGCUCUGAAAUAAACCUGAAUACUGACUUUGACAUGUAUCACAGUGUUUAUGUUUUCAGAAUGAGCACAUUACUAUCAAAGUUUGUUCACUGGAGCAUCUUUAAAGUUUUGUAAUGGCUGAUUGAAAUAAGCAGCAGGUCCCUACACAACUGUCCACAACAACUAUGCCGUCUUGACUGUAGUUUGAUCAUAAUUUUAGGAACCACCCACUGACACAAAUGAUGCCAGCUUUAAAUUGAAUUGUGUUUUUAUAUAUGACCAUCACUUUGGUGUGUUGUUUUACUUCUGUAUAGUACAGAGACUCUUGAGAAUAAUGUCCAAAUAAAAAAAGUGAACUUGAA